AUCUGAGAAGUGCAAGAAGAAGAAGAAGAAGAAGAAGAAGAAAUGGGUGUGAACGUUAUUCUGAACCUUUUGGCAAUGUGCACUCUCUUUUCUUCUUCUUUUGCUUCUUCGUUGAAGUCGGCGAUUACAUUUCCUCCUCUAGCGCCGGCGCUAUUCGUGAUCGGAGACUCCUCCGUCGACUGUGGAACCAACAACUUCCUUGGAACCUUUGCGCGCGCCAACCACCUUCCUUAUGGAAGAGACUUCGACACUCACCAACCCACUGGCAGAUUCUCCAAUGGCAGAAUCCCCGUCGAUUAUCUUGCUAUGCGUCUUGGGCUUCCAUUGGUGCCGAGUUAUCUAGGGCAAGCUGGAGAUGUGAAAGAUAUGAUUCAUGGAGUCAACUACGCUUCUGCAGGUGCUGGCAUUAUCUUCUCAAGUGGCUCUGAAUUGGGUCAACAUAUCUCGUUUGCUCAACAAAUUCAGCAAUUUACUGACACCUUUCAGCAGUUUGUAAUAAGUAUGGGGGAGGAUGCUGCAACCAACCUCAUAUCUAACUCUGUCUUCUAUAUUUCUAUCGGAAUCAAUGAUUACAUUCACUACUAUUUGCUCAAUGUUUCCAACGUUGAUAAUUUGUACCUACCCUGGAGCUUCAACCAGUUUUUAGCUUCUUCAGUUAGGCAAGAAAUCAAGAACUUGUACAAUUUAAAUGUUAGGAAAGUGGUGGUAACGGGACUUGCCCCUAUUGGUUGUGCCCCUCAGUACCUGUGGCAGUAUGGUAGUGAAAAUGGAGAGUGUGUUGAACAGAUAAAUGACAUGGCCACUGAGUUUAACUAUCUCAUGAGGUACAUGGUUAUCAAGCUUGGUAGAGAGCUCUCUGAUGCCAGUAUCAUCUUCUGUGACGUGUUUGAAGGCUCCAUGGAUAUUUUGAAGAAUCAUCAAAGUUAUGGAUUCAAUGUCACUAACGAGGCAUGCUGUGGAUUUGGGAAUUACAAGGGUUGGAUCAUGUGCUUAUCACCAGAAAUGGCAUGCAGUAACGCUUCAAACCAUAUCUGGUGGGACCAGUUCCAUCCAACUGAUGCAGUCAAUGAAAUUUUAGCAGACAACAUAUGGAAUGGUCGGCACACAAAAAUGUGUCAUCCUAUGAACCUGGAGGACAUGGUAAUUCGAAAGGAAAAAUGAUUGAUUUGUGAUGUUAGUUUAGGGUAUUAUGAUUUCUUGCAUAUAUUACUGUAAAGAACCGUGUAUAUAUACAAUUAUACAUAUAAGGUUGUACAA